UUUGGCGCUUGUUCAAAUAUCGAGAGAAACAUGAAGGAAGAGGACGAGCUUAACCUCGUAUUGAUUCAAACGUACGAUAAAUAUUGCACACAAGUUUUAGACAAGUCUCCAAGUGCUCAUGUGUAUUCGUUUCAAAGUGAUAAGAAUGCUUGGGCUAAAACGAAAACUGGUGGUAUAUUUUUCCUAUAUAAGCGAUCGAAAGUUCCAUUUUUCGCUUUCAUGAUUCUCAAUCGAAAGAGUCCGACAUUAAAUCAAAUCGAGUUAGUAACUGCAAAUUUACAACUUCAGCUACAUUCCCCUUUUCUUUUAUAUAAAACUCCGAAAGGGGAUAUCUUCUCCAUUUGGUUCUUCUCUGGCGCAGAUUGUGAACGUAUUGCGGAAAAACUUGGCAAACUUGUUCACGAUGCCGGUGGUUUAGGACUGAAAAUAGCUACGAGUCAAUCCAAAAACUCUAAAUCUAAAUCUUCCAGUUCCAUAAAUUCUGUGAUGGUUGCUCCAAGAUCUCCAGAAACUGUUACAAAAGGAUUGAAUCAGUUAAUGGAUUUUGUUCGUGCAUCCAAUGAAAAUUCUAAAAUAAACUCUUCAAACCCAUCCAAAGUUAAUGACAAUAAUAAUGUACUUAAUCCUUCUGAAGGACCAAGUAUAUUUGACAUGUUACACAAGGCAGAAGCUGAUUUCAAUUUAGGCAGUAAUCGAAACGUCUCACCAUCAGAUAUAACUGUCAGUAAUGAAUUACAACGUUUUCGUACUGCUUGCAAUCUUCCAGUUUCAAAUGGGAAUAACUCAUUCUGUAAUCAUUCUGGACCAGUUGCCAACGGAAUUUCAAGUAUUAAGAAAAAUAAACCGAGUUCUGAAUCAUCUCAUAUUGUCAAUCAUAUUUCUGUUGCUGAACUUGAAGAACAAUUACUUCAGGAGCAUAUAUCUCUUCCUGAAAACGUUGAUGAGGUUACUUCACGCUCAAGGUUGUCCGGUGAACUGAAAGCGGUUACCGCCACUGAUGAUAGUUCUCCAGAUGACCAGGGUUUAUCGAAUAUAUCGGCCGUGGAGUCCCCUGCACGCUAUCGUCAGGGCCUUAAAGAUACUCGUGUUGAUAGAAAUCGCCGUCUUCUUAGUGAUGAUGCUGGUUAUGUGGAUGAUGUUGAUGAUGAAGAAGCAUGUGAAAACACUUGUGGUCGUGGUUUGCCUAAAAGCUAUGGAGCUGGCCAACGUAAACAAAGACGGCAUAUUCGACAACAACAAGACAACUUUUCGGAUGAAGUACAUUCAUCAUCCAAUCGGUCAGUUAGCGGAAACAGACCCUCAAAUCUCCCUUCGAAGUGUAAAACUAUUAUUGGAGAAGACACACUUGUUACACCUGACAUGUUAACCAGCGUCACACCAUCGAUUUUCCCAUCAGUAAUAUCCGAAUUUAAUCAUAAUAAACAUGUCGCGUCGAGUCCUUUUUCAGAAAAUAAAGUUCCCCUCUCAUCAACCGAAAAAUUAGUCAUGAGUGAAUGUCUUACUAAAGAUCAGUUAAGAGAAACACUUAUUCACUUAUUACAAACAGAUAAUGAUUUUGUGCAUCGUAUUCAUACUGGUUAUGUGAAUGUAUUAGAAAGACGAUUGUCCAGAAAGUAAAAAAGUACAAUUUUCCCUAUUUGUACUUAUUCUUUUCUGUAAUUGUAGUUGUAUCAUUAAACAAAAAAAGAUUAAUUAUUAACGCAUCAGUGAAUUGUGUGUAUUUUUUUUCCAAAAUUAGAUCAUGUUCACUUUAUUUAUCCAAUUUUUUUACUUAUGACUUGUAAAAAAAUAGGAAAGAGACAAAUGAGACCAGCUUUAUUCGAUUUUGUCAUUGUUAUCGGUGUACUUAUUGUUUUUUUUGUAAGUAUAAACAUGGUUUUUGUUAGUGAUAUCUACCAUCCAUUGACUUUUAAUUUUCAGGCAUUUAUUAUUCUAUGCUUUUAUCUUAUGUAAAAAUAAGCUCAUAUACACAUAAAUAUACAUUGGGUUAUAUUAUGUAUUUGUUACUAUCCAUAUGGGAAUACCUCUCAUAUUUGCGAUGUUUUUUUCGACUGUUAUCGCUACAUAAAUAGUUCGUGUACUUUUUGUAAGAUUUAUACAGAUAAUAUCAUGCAUUUACCGAGUUCCAAUAUGUUGUGAUGUAUUUGUAUUGGUUUGAUUAAUUAGACUAUUCAUUCUCCG